CAAAAUCCCGGCUACCCCCAAAAUCCGGGGUACCCCCACAACCCUGGCUAUCCCCACAACCCUGGCUAUCCCCACAACCCGGGGUGGGGACAGGGUUACAACCCAUCCAGUGGAGGAAGCUACCACAACCAAAAGCCGUGGAAACCCCCCAAAUCCAAGACCAACUUGAAGCACGUGGCCGGGGCGGCAGCAGCGGGUGCCGUGGUGGGAGGUUUGGGGGGUUACGCCAUGGGACGCGUCAUGUCGGGGAUGGCCUAUCGCUUCGACAGCCCCGACGAGUACCGCUGGUGGAACGAAAAUUCGGCGCGUUACCCCAACCAGGUUUACUACCGGGAUUACAGCAGCCCCGUCUCGCAGGACGUCUUCGUCGCCGACUGCUUUAACAUCACGGUGACCGAAUACAACAUCGGGCCCGCCGCCAAGAAGAACGUGUCUGAGGCCGGUGCGGCGGUCAACCAGACGGAGACAGAGCUGGAGACCAAGGUGGUGACGAAGGUGAUCCGGGAGAUGUGCAUCCAGCAGUACCGCGAGUACCGCCUGGCCUCUGGCAUCCGGCUGCACCUCGCCGACGCCUCCCUCGCCGCCCUCCUCCUCCUCACCGUCUUCGCCAUGCAGUGA